AUGGGAAGGAGUCGAAUGAGACGAAACCUGCUUUGGCUGAUUCGAAUGAGGCCCAAUCGCCUGAUACCAGUCCUGUGCAAGAACCACCGAAAGCGGGCCUGGGACCGAAGUCUCCGGGCUCGGUGUCCCAAUGGCCCCUCGUGGUUCAUCUUCGCCCUGCUGCCCUCGUGGCUGUUGUAUCCCUUGUCGCGCAACAUGGUCCAAUACGCGGAAGAUCGAGGUGAAGGACAUGGGCUGCUGGCGCUAGCAGCUGCCGCAUUCCUCGUAUCCUUUGGUCCUGGUCUCUUCCUGCUGUUGGUGAAUGGAAACAUCACCAUGCAACAGCACAACGACAUGAUGUUCUGGCCACCCUCCCAACUGGCGGAUUUCCUGUUGGGCAUGACCACUGCUGCAUUGGUACGUCGCUACAAGGGGACCAGGUUGAAAGGCCUGGCAGAUCUCAGCAUGCUGCUGGUGCUGCUGGUGGUGUUUCUGCUCCCCCGGCCGCCGCAAACAUAUGAGAUGCACCUGAACGGCUGGGAACCGCUGUUGGAUCACGGGCUGGCGCCCCUGUUGGCAGCCUUCAUUCUGGGUUCCUGCGUGGAGGAAGACCCAGGCUGGAGCGGCCGGCUCUUGGCACAUCCAGCGUUGGUUUCGCUGGGCGACUUGAGCUUUCAGGUGUACAUCUUUCAGAGACCCAUGCACGAUACCAUUGGCUUGCUGCUCUCCACCGAAGAGAUGGACGUGUUUAUGGCUUACAUGGUCAGCCUUUGGCUCUUCGCUGGGAUCUACAAGGUCUUUGUGGAGGAUCUGGUGGAUGCUCGCAUCAAACUCUGGGCUCCACGCUCUGAACCUCAAGCAGUGCCAAGGGAACAGGAGUAUGGUCUUCUCUCGCGCAGCAGCGCGCCGGAGCGCGCAUGACGUGUUCACGCGCAGGC